UCAGAACAGCGUUGUGUUGUCACAUAUCCUCACGCUAACGUUGUGUCUAAAUAAACAAACCGCUUCCAAGUCAGCGCCUUGUCAGACCACUUUAUUUGUCUUGUGGCAGAGCCGAGGCGUAACAUUUUGAAAGGUUGUGUCCAGUAGAAAGGUGCAGAGAGCGGGGAUGAGUGAAGGAGGUUAGAGAGGGGAAAAUCAAGGUUUUAUAGAGCAAGGUUUAAAAAACAGAAAAAACAAAACAAAAAACUGAAGUUUUUAUCUCGAAGGAACCAUUGGAGUACAUUGUGACCAGCAAGAAACCAUUCAGCUCCGACCUCCGAUGCAAAGGCUCCAUGGCAUAAACCCUGUCCUCAGAUUCAGCUGGUCCCUGGGGAAAGCUGCCGAGAAGCCCACUACUCUGACGCCCUGCUGUCAUUUUCCACAGGCUGAGGGGAACCAGGAAGCAGCCGGCAGGAGCCAUGCCUGCCCUGGCCACUGGAGCCGGCCAUGAGCCAGGUCUGUAUGAGCUGCUGGCGGCUUUGCCCUCCCAGCUGCAGCCCCAUGUCAGCCGCCCAGAGGACAACACCUUUCUCCAGGACAUGUUUGGGGAGAGGAGCCUCCAUUCACUGGUCAAGAUCCAUGAACGGCUGCAGCACUAUGAAGAGAGCAAACCCGUCCCCAUCCUGGUCAGCGCUGCAGCUCUGGCCCAUGAAUUGUCUGAGGAGCUGGAAGGGAAACCAGCCAAUGCAGAAAUCAAAGAGCUUCUCAAACUACUGGCCAGACCCCACUUCAAGAGCCUUCUGACAGUCCAUGAUACAGUUGCCCAGAAGAGUUAUGACCCUGAACUACCUCCGCUGCCUGAAGACAUCAACGACGAUGAGGAUUCAGUGAAAAUCAUAAGACUGGUUAAAAACAAGGAGCCUCUCGGAGCAACAAUAAGGUGUGACGAACACACAGGAGCCAUCCUCGUGGCCCGGAUCAUGAGAGGAGGGGCAGCCGACAGAAGUGGAUUGAUUCAUGUUGGGGAUGAACUAAAGGAGGUCAAUGGAAUCCCUGUGGAUGACAAGAAACCAGAGGAAAUAAUUCGUAUUCUGGCACAGUCACAAGGAGCCAUUACCUUCAAAGUUGUUCCUGGCGUCAAGGAGGAGGCGCCAACCAAGCAGCCAAAGGUGUUUGUGAAGGCACUUUUUGACUACGACCCUAAGGAGGACAAAGCCAUCCCAUGUAAGGAGGCUGGACUUGCCUUCAAGAAAGGCUCCAUCCUUCAGAUCAUGAGCCAAGAUGAUGCAACCUGGUGGCAGGCCAAACUUGAGGGUGACGCUAACCCCCGUGCUGGCUUAAUCCCUUCCAAACAAUUCCAGGAGAGGAGAUUUGCACUGCGACGACCUGUUGCAACUCUCCCAUUCCAGAGGACCUCUAGCAGACGAUCAUCCGGGUUCAGGAGAAGCUUCCGUCUGAGCAGGAGAGAGAAGAAGACCAACAAGUCCAUGUACGAGUGCAAGAAGAGCGAAAUGUACGACAUGGCUGACGUGCCCACGUAUGAGGAGGUCACCCCAUACCACAGGCAGAGUGGAGCUAAACACAGGCUGGUGGUCCUAGUAGGACCCACAGGUGUCGGCCUGAAUGAGCUUAAGAGGAAACUGUUGAUCUCCGACCCUCAACACUUCAGUGUGACUAUCCCACACACAAGUCGGGCCAAGAGGAACCAGGAGAGCGAUGGCGUGGAGUACCACUUCAUUUCCAAAAAUCUUUUUGAGACGGACAUCCACAACAACAAGUUCAUCGAAUAUGGCGAGUACAAAGGGAAUUACUACGGGACAAGCUUAGACUCGAUACGCUCCGUCCUCUCCAAGAACAAAGUGUGCCUAUUGGAUGUCCAGCCUCAUACGAUAAAACACCUGCGGACGGCAGAGUUUAAACCCUUCGUAGUGUUUGUGAAGCCUCCGACAAUUGACAGACUGAGAGAGACUAGAAAGAACGCCAAAAUCAUAUCAGGCAAGGACGACAAGGGAUCUGCCAAGCCGUUCACGGAGGAGGACUUUCAGGAGAUGGUGAGCACUGCCCAGUCGAUGGAGAUUCAGUACGGUCAUCUGUUUGAGAAGGUCAUAGUGAACAAUGACCUCUCGACGGCCUUCGGCGAGCUGCGGUCGGCGCUAAAGAAAGUUGAGACGGAGACCCUCUGGGUUCCAGUCAGCUGGACUCACUCCUGAGACCAACACUUACUGUAAAAGGAGAAAAGGGAAGGGCUUUUAACAAAAAUAUGCAGGUUUUUAUCUUUUUUUAUAUCUGCUGCGGCUGGUGUUCGGGGGGGAUAACGGGAAUAAAACAAGACAGCGCCAGACUGCUGCGUCGCCAUACCUGAGGUGCACGGAGCUAAAAAUACGUUUUUGCCUGGGAUCAGGUUGAAUUUAGACCACAGCUGCGGUCUGGAUGUGAAUCUCCAGGUCUGACCAGAUCUGACAGGUUUGAGGCUAAGGGCGUCCGUCCAGAAUAUGGGCCUUGGACAUACACACAACCAUGGCCACGAGUUGGAGCUCUUUGGUCUAAACCAGAAUGUGGAACGAGCCUGGACCAUCAUGAAAACCAGCAGUCCUGCCAGCACAUCAGCAACCCCGCCAACCAGGACUCCUUCUUUGGUGUGUUUAUAACAUCAGUCCAUUAGAAACCAAAGGGAUUGACAUAUUUCUUCUUGGUGGACAACUUACACGUAUAUGUCUGAAAGAGAACACAACCUCUGAGGGGAAAAAUGGAAGAAAAGAAAACAUGCUUGCCUUCAGUCUUACUAUAUAUCUGUGCUUCUAAAAUGCUUCAAUGACUUUUACUCCAAAACAAAACAUUGUCAGGUACACUCUCAAAAAAGGACAAUAAGUGUAAUUUAAUUUAAGAGAAAUUAAUAUAUUUUCUAAUAUCUUCCAGUUGUUUUUUGCAUAGUUUUUAUAGGCAUAUCUUGACUUUUAGAGAAACCUGUUCUUAACUGUAGCCUCCUCUCUGACAGUUUUUCUUUUACUCUAGAGGCAUCUCUUCUUUCAGUCAAGUGUUUUGAUUCCAUCACCCUAGUCUAGUUUUCCCCCUACAAAGCACAUAAAGAACUAGUUUAUUUAGGUGUUAUAUAUUCCAUUUAGGAGCCUUUGAAAAUCCACCCUUCAUGUGAAGGUGCCCAGCAUAACAGCUUUGCCAUUUAACGUCACAGAACUGGACACUCUUGGCUGGCUCGUGUCUGCUAGAAGAAAAUGUUCACAAUUCUGUUUUAUUAGGGUGGAGGCUCUAUUUUUAUUCACAUAAAAAUGGUUUCAGCAAGGCUGCUAAUAGUCGGUCCAUAGCGCACUUCCAGGAUUUUAAUUUAGAGAAAUGCUAAGUAGCCGCUCCUGACUUUAUGAGCAUUAGAAAUUUAUUGCUAAUUUGAGUCUCCCCUUCCCAGUCUAACUCACAAAUUUUUUACUCAGUGCUUUUCUUCAAAAGCUUCUAUCAUAGAGACACUUAGCUCUAACUUCUGGGAGACUGAUUUUAAAAGCAGCUAGUCAUUAAUCAUGGCUUUAUCCUUAUUAUUGACAUUAUCACAGCCCUUGUAGAUCUUUGGUUCUGCGCUGCUAAUGCAGUGAGAACCUGUUGAAGAGAUUUAUUUUACAGAUUAAAAGUGCAACAUCCUGGGUGGUAUAUGUCUACACAUACAUUAAGUAUGGAGCUGUAGAGCCAUGUGGUGACUAGCUUAGCUCUGCAUGGCUGGGAGCAGGGGGAAACAGCUAGCCCGGCUCUUCACAGUUCAAAAAUAGGCUUACUAAUAAAAGUUUUGAUUUUAUGAACUUGUUUCUGCCUGUGAACGAGACACGUGUUCAUUUGUAAGCUUUUGUGGGGCUGAUUCAAGUCUUUACGCUAAGUUAAGCUAAUUACCCCCUGGCUGUAGCUCCAUACUUAACAUACAUUUAUGAGAAUGGUAUCGAUCUUCUAACUUAUCUAACUCAGAAAGCAAGUAAGGGAAUUUCCCAUAAUGUCUAUUCCUAAAAACAAAAACAAAACAAAAAAAUCUAUUCCUAAAUACACUUCUUACUUUACUUAAAACUGGCUGCUAUCCGGCUGUGGAAAAGCUGUAUGUCCACCUCAGGUUACAAGGCCCAAAUUCAUCAUCAUGUGCAUUUAUUAUACCACCCACCAUGAUAUUUAUAUUUAUAUUGUAUUUGAUUUCUGUCCAUUUUAAAAAAGGGUAAUAUGGGUGUUAAUGCAGUUCAGUAAUUAUUACACGUUUUAAAGGGACUUUAACACCCCUCGCUCCAUUAUUUAGUUCCUUGUUUUGCUUUGUUUUUUGUCAUUUUAGUAUCACAUUAAUUUCCCUUUUUAUGUUUUUUACUUGUUCAUCUCUUCAUAUCUGAUUCCUCUGCCGUUUGUUUUUGUUUUUUUUAUCCAAAAUCAGAUUCAUACAGUCUCCAAAAAAUAUUUUGAAUUUCUUGCUGUAAAUGAGUGCUGUUUAAGAGGCGAAAUGUAUGAAUUUACAUUAUUCUUGAUAACUGCUGCAUUUUAUAUUAAAGGAGA